CUCACCACAGUUUGAAUAAUUCCUCAACAUGGCAAUUCCCAAUGAAGCUUAUGAUCAAGAUAGAGGAGUGCCCACGUUCAUCAACAAGCUAAGUUCUGCACUAAAGAGGAAGAAGAGGAAGGAGGAGGAGAAGGAAAAUAUUGAGCCAUCUCCCGUUGCUCGCUCUUUCUGUUCUCAAAACAAUGAGUUCGACUGCGUGUUUCGUUACUUCGACGAGAACGGCGACGGCAAGAUAUCGCCUGAGGAGCUUCGAGACUGUAUGAACGUCCUCAGAGAGGAGGUCUCGCUGGAGGUGGCUGAGGAAAUUGUGCGGUCUGCCGACUCCGAUGGCGAUGGGCUGCUAGGAUUCGACGAUUUCGUCGCGUUGGUGGACGUUAAGGAGGAGGAGGAGAAGGGGAGGAGCCUGAAGGAGGCAUUUGAAGUGUAUGAAAUGAAGGGAGAGGGUUGCAUUACCGCGAAGAGUUUGAGGAGGGCAUUAAGGGAAUUAGGGGAUCCGAGGAGUUUGAAGGAGUGUGAGGUUAUGAUAAGGAGAUUUGAUGAGAAUGGAGAUGGGGUUAUUAGCUUUGAUGAGUUUAGGAAUAUGAUGAUGAUGUAAUUAAAUAGAAUUUGUUGGUUCAUUGAUUCUAACAUAUUGUUUUGGUGUUAAUCGGAGAAAUUAACACAUUGAAGAAUUAGAAGAGCAUUUGUUAAUUUGUGUUGAAUUCAAUAAUUUUUAAUUUCUGUUCUCUGCAAAUAUGAUGUAUGGGUAGGUGUAUAUAAUGUGGAUGACCCUUGUAUCUCAGUUGGACGAAUACAAACAUUUU